AUCACUAUUUAUAAUAGAGCCUAUCCUAUAUUUGCCAGGAAGACAAAAAAUCAGCCAUUUUUAACAAUAAAUACUUUUUAUAUCACUCAUUUUUCCAUAGUUACCUAAGAAAUGAUGGAGUCUCUUAUGGAUACCAGUGAUAUUGAUAAUCGUAAUCUGGAAGAGAUAAUAAAAUCUCCAGCUUUUGAGUGUUUAAAGCCAACAUUAAUAGCUUUUAUAGAACAAGAAUUGAAUUCUGGGAGUGAAUAUCCAGCGGAAAACGAGGAAGAGUCUUCAUGUAAUGUUCAUGAUGAAGGCUAUGGAAAUUCUCUAUAUCCAACACCCGACUACUCAAGUCAAUGUAAUUCACCAAUGGAAAAACUCGCUGCUAAUGAAAAAAGCGGCCUAAUGGUAACUCCUGAUUUCGAACAAAUUGGAGUACCAUCUACGAUAUCUCCUGAUCAACGUGUAGAAGAAGGUUACAACAAAGAGAUUAGAAAGACAAGUAGGACUAGAAAACCUCCUCGGGAUCCGGAACACGCGGAAAAAUGUAAACGAAGCAGAGAGAGGCACAAAUCAAAAAUACUAAAUUUGGAAAGAAGAGAAAAGGAACUAAUUGUGACAAAUGAAAAAUUAAGAAUGGAAAUCGAAAAAAUCAGGAAUCUACGCAAAAAUAAUCUAAAAAUUGGUGUUGAAUCAUCGAAUUACUUUUCCGAUAUGAAUAUCCAGAUGUCAUCGUUAGAUUUUUUCUAA